GGACCUCUCUGACCCUCCUCGUCGUCGGCCUAGGCGGCCGCGCCGGCCGCGACACGUUGUACUGCCGCCGUCAGCGGACUGCCCUUCCUCAGUCCGUUGAGGAAGCCCGACGCGAAGGGGUCGGAGGCGCAGGGAGACUCGAGAAAGCACAGAAUGUCGGCACACCAGCAGCAACCAGGCGCGCAGGCCGAGGAGGUGGACAAGAUGGCCGCCAGGGACAGCAGCUGGCCCAGCGUGCUCUUCCACAUCCACAUCCACCUCGCGGCCCUCUAUGGCGUCUUCCUUAUCAUAACCGAGGCCUACUACACCACCACCCUCUUCGCCAUCUUCAUGGUCAUGCUGGGAUCAUUAGCCGUGAACACCGGAGCGCACAGACUAUGGAGCCACGGCUCUUACAAAGCCUCGCUCGGACUCAGGAUCGCCCUCAUGCUCGCCCAGACUUCCGUCGGCCAGUGCUCGAUCUACGACUGGGUGCUGGACCACAGGAUCCACCACAAGCACUUCGGCACGGACAAGGACCCCUACAACCAUAACCGGGGCUUCUUCUACGCCCAGCUGGGUUCACGCAUGCAGACUGACCGCGCCGACCUCGAGAGCAUCAAGAGCGAGAUCGACAUGAGCGACAUCGAACAGGACGAAGUUGUCAUGUUCCAGAAGAAAUACUACUGGUUCAUCUUGCCCAUUGUCGCCUUCCUGCUGCCCGUCAACUUCCCCGUCGAGUACUGGGGCGAGUCCAUCCUGGUGUCCGUGUACGUGGUCGGCUUCUUCCGCUACUGCAUCGGCCUGCACAUGUCGUGGCUCGUGAACAGCGCCAUCCUCAUCUGGGGGCUGGACCCCAAGGCCAGGUCGUCCUCCGACAGCAACCUGGUGUUCAUCGUGACCCGCAGCCACUGGCCCCACUACCACUACAUGCUGCCCUGGGACUACCAGACCGGCGAGUUCGGCACCUACGGCGCGGGCUGCUCCACCGCCUGGGUGCGCGUGUACGCGGCGGCGGGCUGGGCCAGCGAGCUCAAGACCAUGGGCUCGGACGCCGUCAAGGAGGCGCUCACCAUGGCCGUCGACACGGGCAAGCCGCUCGUCGAGUGCUUGAACAAGGUCGGACUAGAGUACGCCAACAAGAUUCCGGACUCGCACGUGCUCGAGUACGAAAAAUACAAGUAAAC